AGUUAGCAACGACUACAGUGGCUACCGUCAUUAAACCUUUAGAUACUGUAAAGGACAGGAGUUAAAUUUGUAAGAGGAAAGAGGAACUUUAAGUGGAAGAUGUUCAAGAAUACAUAUCAAUCGGGCUUUCUUUCAAUUCUCUAUUCAAUAGGACAGAAACCACUACAAAUUUGGGAGAGGAAGGUACGAAAUGGACAUAUUAAAAGAAUUACAGACCAGGAUAUUCAAUCUCUAGUUUUAGACAUUGUUGGAACAAACGUUAGUACAACUUACAUCACUUGUCCGGCUGACAAUAAAAAGACGCUUGGUAUAAAACUGCCUUUUCUAGUGAUGAUAAUCAAGAACCUAAAAAAGUACUUUACCUUUGAAGUUCAGGUGCUAGACGAUAAGAAUGUUAGACGACGAUUCAGGGCCAGUAAUUAUCAAAGUACUACCCGAGUAAAACCAUUCAUUUGCACUAUGCCAAUGAGAUUGGAUGACGGAUGGAAUCAAAUUCAAUUUAAUCUAUCAGAUUUUACCAGAAGGGCUUACGGAACGAACUACAUAGAGACACUUAGAGUACAGGUAAAUAAAUUGAAUAAUUUCUCUUCCUCCCCUUCAAUCCCUUAAAAUAAAAUUCAUAAUUUUUUUGUUUCAAAUAGAUUCACGCAAAUUGCCGAAUCCGACGUGUCUACUUUUCAGAUAGAUUGUAUUCGGAAGAUGAAUUACCAGCCGAAUUUAAAUUAUUCCUUCCCGUUAAUCAACCAAAGUCAUGAACAUUUAGACAAACAAAACAUUAAAUGAGCAAAAACAACCUCUAAAAAUAUUUUUUUCAAAUUUUUAUUUGUAAAUAAUAAUGGCCAUAAAAUAUUUUGUAUGAAUGAAAACUCUCUCUAUCACUGAAUGCGUUAAUUUGUAAUGUUUAUGUCUCUUACUGCUGUUAAAAUAUAUGAAUAUAUUUAUAUUAAUUAUAAUAUAUGUUAUAUAUUUCAUAUAUUAAUUCUUUCAAAAAAAAACACACACACAAAAGGUCAACCUUUUUAUUUAUUUUUACUUUAAUUCUUUGUUUGUUAUGAGAAUGGAAAGUGUACUUCUUUUUUUUUUUUUUCAAAAUUGUUCGUCUGCUAGAAAGAAAAAAUAACAACAAACAUGUGGCUAUUAAUUUAUUAUUAUUAUUAUUAUUACUGAUAUUAAUUACACUUAUAUGAAUAUGCAUGUCCUUAGGUUUAUAAACCGAAAAUGAU